AUGCACAAUCCCGGAGACGGGAAGGGCAAGGGAAAAGGACGCUGGGGACAGAUGGAAGUGGAUGGUAGCGAAGAGAAGCAAGAUGGAGUAGGUGAGCGCCGUACAACUGGUUCCGGGCUGAUUAUGCACAAUCCCGGAGACGGGAAGGACAGGGGAAAAGGACGCUGGGGACGGGUGGAAGUGGAUGGUAGCGAAGAGAAGCAAGAUGAAGUAGAUGAGCGCCGUACAACUGGUUCGUUUGGUGAGCUACGAUUCUGUGGUAGUACUGCUGAAUCAACACAAAGUGCAGCAGUUUUCAUUCCAAUUUUGCCAACUUACUGCAAAUGA